UUGCCAUAAAACGAAUCAUACUAAUUUGGAAACAAAGUUGAGAAAUGUGGUUGCCAUUGUUCAUUAUUGCCCUGCAGUUUUCCGUUGGAUAUUCUGACAAUGCUUGUGAUGAGAAACUGGUUGAAUUUGAGAUGAAAUUAGCUGCUUUGGAAAGUUUCACUUUAAAACUGGCUCGGAAGUUGGAAGUGACGGAGAAAAACUCUUGACGAAACUAAAGAUAAACGGGAGCGAUCAGAAAAAGCCAUCAAAGCUUUGGAGACCGAGAACUUUCAUAUUCGAGAACAGUUACAAAAAGCAAACAGCGGACUCAAAAAUAUGCGUAUAAACCAUUAUAGUAAUGCAUUCAAUAAAAACCGUACUAUGGACUUGAAUGAAACCAAAGUCAAAGCAAAGUCUCUAAAGCAAAACAGUGUCCAAAAACGACUACUGAUUGGAAAUGUCAACACCACCAUUGCUUCACCUAGCAGCCAUAGAAUUGGCUUUACUGCAGUGACAACGGACCAUCAGAUGCACAUGGGAAUAGACCAUACUGUCCAUUUUCCUAAAGUUAUUACUAAUGUCGGCAAUGGGUUUGAUCCAUUUACGGGAAUAUUUCGCGCACCUGUUUCCGGUCUAUAUCUCAUCAGUGCAUCCAUUCUCAGCCAUUCUGGUCAGGAAGUUAGAUGUGCAAUAACUAAAAAUGGUGGUGAUAUUGCUAAUAUAUUCAGCGGAGACAGUACAACGUAUUCUACAGGAGCCAAGUCUGUUCUGCUUGACCUCGUGGCAAACGAUGACGUCUGGGUUAAAAUAUUCGGCAGAAAUGAUGUACAUAUUUACGGAUAUUCUUGGUCGUCCUUUAUGGGAGUAUUAAUAUCCCCAUAACUAAAUAAAGUUCAUAAUGA